AGUUUAUAAUAAUUCCCAGCCAGCGACAGAUUACAGUUAAUCAGAUUGAUAAAUAAAGUAACUUUAGAUAAUAGAGAUGAUCAGUGAUGACAUGACCGACUGUAUUUUUCAAUUUAGAUAAUUGUAAUGAUUAUUUGAUAAUGCAGCGCUAUUUAGCGGCAAAUCGGUAGUAAUAGGUUGGUUAGUGGUUGUUAAAGUUUUACAGAAAAAUGAUCUUGUUGUUGUUAUUCGGUUGGUUGUUGUUAACUCUAGGUGGAUGUGACAGUGCGAGAAUAUUAUGCAUUUUUCCGGUGCCGUCUGUCAGUCAUCAGGCCACAUUUCAACCAAUAGCAAAAGCUUUAUCACUACGGGGACAUGACGUUAUUAGUGUAACUCCCAGUCCUUUAAAAGAUCCAACUUUAACAAAUUUGACGGAGAUUGACACAAGUUACACAAAGAAAAUCCUUCUAGGAUAUGGUUUCGAAUACUUCAUGUCCAAAGAGGUAGCCAUCCAAAAUAAAAUUCCCAAAAUAUUCGAAAUGUACUACGAGUUGGCCGAAGCUCUCUUCCAAAAUGAGGAAUUUAAGAAAAUCUACACUAAUCCCGACGAGAAAUUUGAUCUGAUUAUUGCUCAAAUUUAUAUAAGUCCCAUUAUGUUAGGGCUAUCUGUAAAAUUGAAUGCCCCUAUAAUUGGGGUGUCUUCUAUGGGUUGCUGGAUUGGAACGCAUUAUGCUAUGGGCAAUCCAAUUUUGCCUUCUAUGUAUUCUGAGAUGUUUUUGCCAUACCAUGGAGAACUGAGCUUCUACGAGAGAAUUAAGAGCACCCUGUAUUUUCUCUGGUCCCGAUAUUAUGUGAACCUCGUGGCAUUGCCCAAGUGUGAUCAAAUAUCAAAGAAGUACCUGGGUAACGAUAUACCUUAUAUAGGAGACAUCGAAAAAAAUCUUAGCGCAUUAUUUCUGAAUUCUAAUCCUGUUUUGUACACUCCAAGACCGCUGGUACCCACAGUGGUACCUUUGGUGUUCAUUCACAUCGAACCACCAAAACCAUUACCACAAGAUAUUAAAGCAGAAAUGGACAGUGCGAAGAAUGGAGUGGUUUAUUUCAGUCUAGGCUCAAACGUUAAAAGCAUGAAUAUACCCCAAAGAGUUCGGAACUUGUUGAUGGACGUGUUUCGAGAGCUCCCCUACAAGGUUUUGUGGAAAUUUGAAAAAGAAGAAUUACCCGGGAAACCCAGUAAUGUUGUGAUUAAACAAUGGCUUCCACAACAAGACGUUUUAGCUCAUCCGAAUGUUAAGGUAUUCGUUUCUCAAGGCGGUUUGCAGUCUACAGAGGAAGCAGUAGAUCGUGGUGUUCCAAUGGUGAUAAUUCCUUUUAUAUCAGAUCAGGAAUUUAAUGGAAAGAAAUUGCAAGAAUUCGGCGUAGCAAGGCAUAUAGAUUACUUGAAUACGACUAAGCAAGAACUCAUUGAUAGUAUCAUUGAUGUAGCAAAAAAUCCCAAGUACCGGGAAAAUAUGAAAAAAUUGAAGGACCUACUUAAUGACGAGCCAAUGACAGGCAUAGAACGUGCUGUCUGGUGGUCAGAGUACGUCAUUAGACACAAAGGAACCAGACAUUUAAGAAGUCCAACAGUGGAUAUAGCAUGGUAUAAAUACUUUCUCUUGGAUGUAGUAUCUGCAUUUGUAGGAAUAAUUAUCCUUAUAUUAGUGGUACUUAUUAAAUUAUUUAAAUAUGUAAAAAAUAGUUUGACAAAGAAGGAAAAGAUCAAAACCAAAUAGUAUCUAGUUUUUAAAAGAUGUAACUAGCUGUGUUAUAGAAUUUAGCAGGAUAUAAUACAGGGUGAAUCUUAAAUAAGUGCAAAUAUUUUCAGGGGUGGUAUAUUUCGACCCUAGAACACGUCUAUGAGGUUUUUUCGCAAAAAAAGAUGUUGAAAAUCGUGCACUUUCUU